CCCAGCGGAACGCGUAACGAUUGGAUCCGUUUCAUGGGAAGUGAAGUGUGGCGGCGGGGAUGCGCUGCUGCCGAGUCUGAAUGUGAGCGCUUUUAGCAGAGUGACGAUGGCCGCGUGCGCGGUGCUAAGGGCCGCCCUGGGCUCUGUAAGCACGCUCGGUGGCAGCCGCGCGCUGACAGCGUUCAGUGCGGCGCGCGGCGGCAGUCCCCGUGAGCUGCGCGUGUUCUCCGCGGGCUCUCCGUACGGCGCGCUGCAGCACAGGCGCCUGCUGUCCUCACGAAAUAGGCCUGAAGGUAAAGUGCUGGAGACUGUGGGUGUGUUUGAGACUCCCAAGCAACAUGGCAAAUACGAGACUGGCCAGCUUUUCCUUCAUGGUGUAUUUGGGUACCGCGGGAUUGUGCUCUUUCCUUGGCAGGCACGUCUCUAUGACCGAGACAUCACCCCCACUUUUUCUGACAGCAAUAACCCAGAGUCACCCGGAGCACAUGAUUCAAAAGAGGUGAAAGGGAAAACACACACCUACUAUCAAGUCCUCAUUGACACACGGGAUUGUCCGCACAUAUCUCAGCGGUCACAGACAGAGGCAGUCACAUUCCUGGCCAGUCAUGACGACAGCAGGGCCUUGUACGCUAUUCCAGGGUUGGACUAUGUGAGCCAUGAGGACAUCCUUCCCUAUUACUCUGCAGAGCAGGUUCCCAUUCAGCAUGAGCUGUUUGAGCGGUUCCUCGUGUUCAACUCCUCCAAAGUUCCUCCGUUCUCAGCCAAGGACACAUUGAAGGCAUGGCAGGAGAAGAAUCACCCUUGGCUUGAGCUGUCAGAUGUACACCGUGAGACCACUGAGAACAUCCGAGUCACGGUCAUCCCCUUCUACAUGGGAAUGCGGGUAGCACAGAAGUCUCAUGUGUACUGGUGGCGCUACUGCAUCCGCCUGGAGAACAUGGGCAGUGAGGUGGUGCAGCUGCGGGAGCGACACUGGAGGAUCUUCAGCCUCUCGGGGACGCUGGAGACUGUGAGGGGCCGUGGGGUCGUGGGCCGGGAACCCGUUCUGUCCAAGGAGCAGCCUGCAUUUCAGUACAGCAGCCAUGUUUCUCUGCAGGCACCCAGCGGACACAUGUGGGGGACAUUCAGUUUUGAGAGAACCGAUGGCUCUCAGUUUGACAUUCGCAUCCCGCCCUUCUCCCUGGAGAGCAACAAGGACGAGAAGUCGCCCCCUGCUGGCUACACGUUUUAGAGCGCAGGUAGCAAAGCAGUAGUCCAAGUGUAAACUGCGCUAAAUGUGGAUUUCGUUUUCAUGUUUUUCCUCUCCACCUAUGCUUUUGUUUUCUACUCAGAUUAUUGCUUUUUAAAGCAAAGGCAACACUAGUAACUCAUGUUUCCAGAACUCUGGCAUUUCAACAAACACAAUUUCAAAGUAAGAGGAACAGUUAUGCUGUGAAAUAAAGCAGAUGCUGUUACACUGUUGACUUGCAAGUGAAGAGCUCAGAGACAGAGUGGUCCAGAACAUUCUGGAAAUGGGGAAACAUGGUAGCAAUGGUACUGAGUUACAGUUACACCAUGGUCUACCCAGACAUGCUUCUGCAAUGUUUUCUCUUUUUUAGGUGAGAGUGAGAGUGUGGGGUAAAAAAAAAAAAAAAAUGUAAAU